CACUAAUAAAUUUAUCUUCUUUUUUGGACAUGAACAUACAGUAUUUAUCUAAUACUUGUAUGAAGAUUUUACAUACAAUAUUUACAAUAAUUCCACAAGAAUUUCACACAGCCAAUAUGCACAAUCUUCAUCGUUUUGACAAACUUGCCACCACCAUUAACCCUCCAUUAACCUGCAAGUUCUUUCGUUCAUCCACUCCAUUUUUUCACCAACAACAAAUCAAUGAAAACCUACCUCAAAAUGAUCUUCAAGAACACCUCAAAAACCUUCAAAAUCAUCUCCAACAACAACACACAGAAGCUGCAAAGCAAAUAUUGAACACCCUUAUUCAAGAAAACUCAGUUUCACAGCUCUAUACUCACUUUCAAGAUUCCCCUACAAAACCCCAUUUUUCAAAUUUGCUGUUUUCAGUUUAUUUGGAGUCAAAAAUGGUGAAACAAGCUGAAGAAUUGUAUUUUAUGUUGAGGGGUGAUGUAAAGUUUGUGUCUUUAUCAAGUUUGAAUGUGUUGCUUGAAUCUUUGAUUAGUUUAAGGUUGUAUAAAAACUGUCUUGAUGUUUUUAAUGAUGUAAUAAAAUGGGGUGUUAGGGUUGAUGGUUUUAGUUAUGCGAAGGGUAUUGAGUCUGCUGUGAAGUUAGGGGAUUUGGGUAAGGCUUUGAAGUUGAUGAAUAGUAUGAGGGAUUGUGGGGUGAGGGUGGAUAAUUUUGUGUAUAAUGUAGUUAUAGGUGGGUCGUGUAAAGAGAGGAGAGUUUUCGAUGCGCGGAGGCUGUUUGAUGAAAUGGUUGAGAGAAGAGUGAGGAGGUGUACGAUGACGUAUAAUGUGCUUAUGGAUGGGUAUUGUAAGAUUGGGAAGGUGGAUGAGGCUUUUAAGUUGAAGAAAAUGAUGAGGGAGGAUAAUGUGGAGCCGAAUAUUGUGACGUUUAAUACGUUGGUUGGUGGACUUUGUAGGUUAGGAAAGAUGGAGGAAGCAGAUUGUGUAGUUGAGGAAAUGAAGAGUUAUGGAUUUGUGCCCAAUGGUUAUACGUAUAGUGCACUUUUCGAUGGGUUUUUGAGGUGUGAUGAUGUUGAUUCCUCGUUAGCGUUGUAUGAAGAAACUGUUAAGAGAGGGGUGCAGUUGAAUGAGUAUGCGAGUAAUGGUUUGUUGAAUGGAUUGUGCAAGAAAGGGAGGACGGAUAAGGCUGCGGAGAUUUUGAAGAAGAUGAGGGAAAAUGGCCUUGCUCCUAAGGAGAUGUUGUUUAAUACCGUUUUGAAUGGGUAUUGCAAAGAGGGAAAUAUGGAGAAGGCUUUUUCAACUAUCGACGAAAUGGAAACUUCUGGAGUGAAGCCGAGUUGUUUCACAUUUAAUGUUAUGAUUACCAAAUUCUGUGAAUUGGGUAUGAUGGAAAAGGUAAACGAAUGGUUAAGGAAAAUGCUCGAGAAGUCAGUUUCCCCCAACAUGCAGACAUAUAACAUCUUAAUCAAUAAAUAUGGGCGCAUGAGGGAUUUUGUGAGGUGUUUUGAGUUUCUUGAGGAGAUGGAAAAUAAUGGAUUGAAGCCCGAUGUAAUUACCUACGGUUCGCUAAUCAAUUCUUUGUGCAAGGAUCAUAGGCUUCUUGAAGCCGAUGUUGUCCUAAACGACAUGAUCAGUAGAGGGGUCAAGCCAAAUGCAAAGAUCUAUAAUAUGCUUAUUGAAGGACAUUGUAUGAAAGGAAACCUUGCUGAUGCUUUUCGAUGUCUUGAGAAGAUGCUAGAAAGUGGCGAAGAAGCAACACUCGUUACGUACAAUAUUCUAUUGAAUGGGCUUUGCAAAAAGUUUAGGAUCAAAGAAGCCGAGGAAUUGCUUGCGCUGAUUCAACUCAGAGGUCUUACUCCAAAUGUUAUCACAUACAAUUCGUUAAUCUCUGGGUAUUCGGAUGCUGGGGAUACCGAAAAGUGUUUUGAACUGUAUAAGAAGAUGAAAACCUCUGGCAUAAAACCUACAAUCGUUACAAUCCAUCCUCUAAUUAAAGUGUGCAGAAAGGGAAAGAAUGCACUGGUGUUAAUCGAGAAAAUUGUUCAAGAAAUGUCCCGGAUGGAUCUUUCUCCUCCUCCUGACCGACUGGUAUAUAACGAGCUCAUCUAUUGCUAUGCGCUGCAUGGAGAGGUUGAAAAAUCACUUUCUACACAUGUAGAGAUGGUGGAACAAGGAAUUCCUUCUGAUAAGAAGACGUAUUAUAGCUUGAUUAUGGCACAUUUGAAAGCGGGAAACUGUCAAGAAGCCAAGAAUCUUGUCGAUCAGAUGAAGGCUAACAAUAUUGUUCUCAAUGAUGAAACUUAUAAUAUUUUGAUUGAAGGGCAUUGCAAACUUGAAGAUUUUUCUGGUGCAUACGUUUGGUAUAGAGAGAUGGUUGACAAUGGUCUUCUCCCCGUAGUCAAUAUUUGUAAUGAGUUAGUAUCUGGCCUUCGAGAGGAAGGAAGAUUGGAAGAGGCACAGAUUAUAUGUUCAGAAAUGAGUUCUAAAGGAAUCGGAGAGUGCAAUACAAACGAGGAGCUUACUGCUGUUGUGAAAGCAUAGGAAUGAGAAGACAUGUUGGAGGCAAGCGAAAAGCUUGUAAUGUAUUUAAGAAUCAGUAUAUUGUUGUUAGUUUAUUUCCUCAUUGACAUUGAUUAACAUAUUUAUUCUCUUAUGCAGGAUGAGAUGAUACUAAUUUUUUUUGAAUAGAUAUUUUGUAGUAUUA